ACCCCUGUCAUUCAAAUUUGUUUGGCACUCUCCAACCAAAAAAAUCAAAACAAUUGUUUGAUCUUCUUUGUGCGCUUUCUCUCUCCUCUCCACCACUGUCGUCCCACCCAUUUCAUCGGCGCCGGCGAAGCCUCAUCGGAAACUUCUUCACAUCACCGGGCAGGAAUGAAGCAGUCACAGGAUCCUUUUGAAGCGGCAUUUGUAGAGCAAGAGGAGUCACCACCUGAAUCUCCUUCUGCAGCCAAUGAUAUGGAAGCCCAACUUGAUGAAGCGUUUGCAAACGAUGCUAAUCAACCCGAGGAAGAGGGGGGAAUGGAUAUUGUAGUUCAUCCUAAUGUCCCAUCAACUUCAGCUGCUCCGCCAGCUUCGGCGAGAAUCAAUCAGCCCAGUAACAAGAGUAAAGAGGAAGAAGAAGAAGAUGAGGACGACAUGGAGGUUGAGCUCGGGAAGCUCCCGUCUACUGGUGACCCUGACAAAAUGGCCAAGAUGCAGACCAUCUUAUCUCAAUUUACAGAGCAACAAAUGAGCAGAUACGAAUCUUUUCGGAGGUCUGGUUUCCAGAAAUCCAACAUGAAAAGGUUGCUGGUGAGUAUUACAGGCAGUCAGAAGGUUUCUAUACCUAUGACCAUUGUGGUAUCUGGAAUUGCAAAAAUGUUUGUCGGGGAGCUUGUUGAGACAGCUAAAAUAGUGAUGGCUGAAAGAAAGGAUUCUGGCCCAAUUAGACCCUGCCACAUCAGAGAAUCGUAUAGAAGGCUGAAGGUUGAAGGCAAAGUACCUAAAAGAUCAGUUCCAAGGCUCUUCCACUAAGGUGCUAAUAUUACCCUAGAAAAACUGUGCAUUUCUUCGUGUUAAUAUCUCCUCAUUAUUUUCGUCAUUAGGAAUGACUUCUGCAGUUGAAAUUUUGCUAGAACUUCAUAUUUAUGUCAAGGUUGAAGAACCUCAAAGUUUGGUACUCUGAAAUCAAUUAGUUUGAAAUAUUAUGCUGAAGUUUCUUUUAAUCCUGUA